GCGCACAAAUACCAAAAUAGGAUAGGGCUGCCUGCGACCGUCCUGCGUGAGCUAAAUUGAGGUUCAUGUGUUUUUGGAGAGGAGCGUUCACAGAGAGGACGCUGCGAGUGUUUGUGUUGAUCCAGCACGGGGGGCCUGCAUGGAAAUAGGAUGAGAGAUACCAUGUCACAUAAGCAGGCUGAGAUCUACACGUACGACUUCUGUGAUGGUGACCACGCAGCGGAGCUCCUGGACGCACUCAGGCGCUUCUACAUCAGUGGCCUGUUUACCGACGUGACUCUACAAUGCGGCGAGUCCGGACAGGUGUUUCACUGCCACAGGGCGCUGCUGUCGGCCCGCAGCUCCUAUUUUAAAGUCAUGUUCACAGCUGAUAUGAGGGAGAGGUCAAACAGCGUCAUCAAGCUGAGCGGGGUGGACUGCGCGGUCCUGGGUGCCCUGCUGGACUAUGUGUACUCGGCUCGGGUGCGCAUCACCGAGAGCAACGUGCAGAGCCUGCUGGAGGCCGCGGACCUCCUGCAGUUCGUGUCCGUGAAGCAGGCGUGCGAGGAGUUCCUCAUGCGCCUCCUGGAUGUGGACAACUGCCUGGGGAUGCACGCUUUUGCUCAGCUGCACCUGUGCCCGGGCCUGGAGAGGGAGGCCCGCAGGGUGAUGCUGAGCAGGUUCACGGAGCUCGUUCAGCAGGAGGAGUUCCUGGAGCUGGAUCACGAGAGGGUGAGGUCCGUGUUGGCCGCCCAGAGCCUCACUGUGCAGAGGGAUGAAGUGUUGAUAGAUGCCGUGGCCAAAUGGGUGACAAAUGACUCGGAUGGGCGUGUUCACCACGCUGCAGACUUGCUGCGCUGCAUCCAUCUGGACCUGGAUGAGGUUUACUUCAAGUCCACUUUAGAGGUGCACAGGCGGUGCUUGUUGAACAGUGAAGGGAAAUUUAAAUCCGUGAUCAUUCAGGCUUUAAGGUCCAAUGGCAAGGAGAUGUGUGCAAGCAGAAAAGUGUCCUCCAGCAUGUAUGUCAUCGGUGGAUACUACUGGCACCCUCUGUGUGAAGUUCACAUAUGGGAUCCUAUGAGCAACACCUGGGUGCAAGGAAAAGACAUGCCUGAUCCUGCAAGAGAGAGCUACAGCGUCAGUUUACUUGGAGCAAAUAUCUAUGUGACUGGUGGUUACAGGACAAACACUGUUGAGGCUCUGGACACGGUUUCUGUGUAUAACUGUGACUAUGAUGAAUGGACCCAGGGCUGCCCCAUGAUCACAGCCAGAUACUACCAUUGCUCCGUGGCUCUGCAUGGCUGUAUUUAUGCCAUCGGAGGCUACAGAGGAGGAGCUCCGGAGCAAGAGACAGAGUUUUAUGACCCUUUGAAAAAGAAAUGGUUCCCUGUGGCCAAAAUGAUCCAAGGUGUAGGAAAUGCCACUUCCUGUGUAAUGGGAGAUAAAAUCUAUGUGAGCGGAGGUCACUAUGGGUACAGAGGAAACUGCACCUACGACAAAAUCCAAGUCUACAGGCCAGAUGUCAACGAGUGGAGUAUCGUUACGAUAACUCCUCAUCCAGAGUACGGGCUGUGUUCUGUGUCUCUGGACAACAUGCUGUAUUUGGUGGGCGGACAGACGACCAUCGCAGACUGCUACAACAUAGAGAGAGACGAAUGGAGACCAAUAUCGUUGAUGAAGGAGAGGAGGAUGGAGUGCGGGGCCGUGGUAAUCAAUGGUUGUAUUUAUGUAACGGGGGGAUACUCCUACUCCAAAGGGACCUAUCUGCAGAGCAUUGAGAAAUACGAUCCUCAGCUGGACUCUUGGGAGAUCGUGGCGACUCUUCCCAGCCCGGCCAGAUCACACGGAUGUGUUUGUGUUUUCAGUGUUUAGUGUCAAAUCCUCAUCACGUUGUCUUUUAUGUGCCAAAUGGAUCAAACGGUGAUUGUAUUCUGUCAACGUUUGCAGACGUCAGGUAUAACUGCCUCUAGACAGCUACGUUUAGGCCAAAUUGUGAAUAUAAUGAAGAACAAGCUUUUCAUUUUAAACUCAGGGGCUUUAACAUUUUAGUUUACUUUUAUUUCUAAAAGGAAAGCGUGAAAAGAGAAAGAAGAUUUGCCAUAUUUUAGUAUUAUUUAAAUCCACUUUAUAUACACACACAGUCUCCACCUCAGACUUGAUGCACAAACUCCAAAUAAAGAACUGUACCACCGGGCUGCUAUUUGAUUAAAUAAAUCACUACCUUUAUGA